AUGGACCCGCUGGACAGAGCUCAAGUACUCCUCCUCUGUGACCUGUGUCAAAGAGCUGCAGUACAGAGUCAUUGUGAACUUUGUCAGAUUAAUCUGUGUAAGGCCUGUGUUGGGGAGCAUCUUUCUGAUUCAUAUAAAAGACAUAAUAUUGUUCUUUACAAACACAGAACUUCUACUUCUAGCUACCCAAAAUGUUCAAACCAUUUGGAAAAAUAUUGUGAACUUUCCUGCGAGAAAUGUGACAUCCAUGUCUGUUCUAGCUGUAUCUCAUCUGGAAAACAUCAUGGACAUAAGAUAAAAGAUAUUCUGCGAACACCACGCUCUAAAAAAGAAUAUUUAAGAAAGGAUUUAAAAGAGUUUGAACAAAGACUAUACCCUACUUAUAAGAAAAUUGCUAGAGAUUUAAACUUAGAGAAAAAUAAAGUUGAAAAACAUUACAAGAAGCUACUAUCAGCUGUCGAUAUACAGGAAGAAGACUGGUACAGACAAAUUAAAUUCAUCGUCAAGCAACAAAAAUCUGAUAUUCAUGAGAUGAAAAGAAAACACUUGGCUUCUUUAAAUGAAGAGGAAAGAGAAGUGGAGAAUAAAAUUUUACAAAUAAAGUUGUGCAGAUUUUAUCUAAUAAAUGAACUGGACUCUGAUGAUGCCUUGCUAACUUCUGAUUACAUAUACCGGAAUUCUGAAUUCAGAGUUUUACCUCAUAAACUCAACAUUUUAUAUCCAAAUUUCUAUCCUCAUCAGAUCAACACAGAACAGUUCUAUCAAAUGUUUGGAUUUCUGUCAUCAUUAUCCAUUACAACAGAAGAACAUGGCUACACAAUGAAGACACUUGAGGCCGCUUCUUUCCCUCCAAUCAAACCACUGCUUGAUGAACCAGAGCUCAUCACAACCAUAGACACUGGAUAUGAUUGUCUUUACAGUGUUUCCUGUUUCAGUGAUGAAGAAAUCUGGACAUGUGGAGAAGACAAACUCAUCAAACUCUACGAACUUCAAGGCAAUCUUCUGAGGUCAAUUAAAGCCAAGUCAGCAUGUGACAUAGCAGUGACCUGGAAAGGAGAACUCGUUUAUACUGACUACAUGAAAAGAACAGUGAACAUAGUGGAGAACGACCAGAUACAGGAAGUGAUCAGACUACAAGGUUGGACACCUUACAAAAUCUUUUGUACCUCUUCUGGUGACCUCCUGGUUACUAUGAUUAAAGAUUAUUUUGAACAGUCAAAGGUUGUUCGUUUCUUUCAGUCCACAGAAAUACAAACCAUUCAGUUUGAUCUUGAUGGUAAACCUCUGUAUUCAUCCAAACAUUACAUAAAAGACAUUUGUGAGAACAGGAACCUGGAUAUCUGCGUGGCUGACUAUGAAGCCAGAGCGGUAGUGGUUGUUAAUCAGAUAGGAAAAUUAAGAUUUAAAUACUCUGGUCCUCCCUCUACUACCAAAGGAUCAUUUUAUCCGCGUGGCAUUGCAACAGACAGCCAGAGUCAGAUCCUGACAGCAGACUGUUACAACAACUGUAUCCACAUUCUUGAUCAGGACGGACAGUUCCUCCGUUAUAUUGAUAACUAUGUUCUCAAUGACCCGUGUGGUUUAUGUGUAGACACCAUAGACAACCUCUUUGUAGCCGAGUUACGAGGAGGUAAAGUUCAGAAAAUUAGAUACCUAAAAUGA